UACUAUUAGCUAACCGGCAAGUUAUAAUCGGUUGUAAUAUACGCGUAAUUCGAAAUGUUUUCAUCGUUCAGUAUUAAGACCGACAGCUCGCGACGCGGUGUGUCAAACAGUCAGCGGUCGCGCGCGCAUUUAACGCGGCACAACUAAUUGUUCCGCGCACCUCUCCAGAGAGCAUACGAAUAUUUAAACAAUGAUUAUAUAGAUUAUUAUUUAUAUCUAAAUCUUUAAAUGGUAGUGCCAUAUAAAACAAAUCUUUAAAAUAGUGUGAGUGUAUGUUAUUUCGGUCAACUAGGCAGUGUGCGUGCAACAACACAAAAUAUAAAUAGGUUUGUUUAAUCUAUUUCGAAUGGAUAUCGAUAUUGUCGAAGAUAUAUUUGCGACAACGUUAUGUACACUUGGCGGUGAACAAUUGCGAGUAUCUCGUGUGGUUGCAUCAUGAUGGUUUGUGUUUAAAAUUAUCAACGCUAAUUAAAAAGUCUUCCACGGCGCUUCCAGUCGUGAUGAUCAUGUGUUUGAGUUGGAAUUUAAAUAUAUGAGUUCUGAGUGACAGUUGCUGUUUUACUUGUGAAUUUCUACUUUGGGAAUGAGUCGUAAAGAAAAGUGACAAUUGUAAUUUAUUGAAAAAGAGGAUAAGGAUAAUUUGUGAGCUUACAUAUAGUGAAUAAAACAUAAUAAUAACAAAAUGGCUGAUGAAGAAGAACCAGGACGACCCAACGAGAAGUAUGGAUUGGGUUAUCAGAAUACUAUUAUGUAUGGACGCUACAGUCGUCAAUUGGGCGAAUUUGCAAAAUUAGAAGCACUUAAACAAGCAGAAAAGAAACGACUGAAAGAAGAAAAACAACGUAAAAAAGAGCUGCGCGGUUAUCAAGGGAAACUAGCUAAAACAAUUUCUUAUCUAUGGCAGCACACGUUUGCAAGGUUGGGGGAAGACUGGGUCUUCUUGGCCCUUCUUGGGCUUAUCAUGGCUGUAUUAAGUUUUAUCAUGGAUCGUGGGAUUUCUAUGUGUAACAAAGCAAGAAUAUGGUUAUUUAGAGAUCUUACAGACCAUCCCCUCGCACAAUACGCCGCUUGGGUAUCACUUCCGGUAUGUCUCAUCUUAUUUAGUGCUGGAUUCGUACAUCUGGUGGCACCUCAGUCUAUUGGUUCGGGUAUUCCAGAAAUGAAAACUAUUCUUCGCGGAGUUGCUUUGAAAGAGUAUCUCACGUUCAGAACCUUAGUAGCUAAGGUAAUUGGUUUGACUGCAACGUUAGGAAGCGGUAUGCCGCUUGGUAAAGAAGGUCCUUUUGUCCACAUUGCUAGUAUAGUGGCAACUUUGCUUAGUAAAUUGGUUACGGGAUUUCAAGGCAUUUAUGAAAACGAAAGUCGUACUACAGAAAUGUUGGCGGCUGCUUGCGCUGUGGGAGUUGCUAGUUGUUUUGCUGCACCUGUAGGAGGUGUGCUGUUCAGCAUAGAAGUAACUACGGUGUACUUUGCUGUGAGAAACUAUUGGCGCGGCUUCUUUGCCGCUGUCUGUGGUGCGACAAUUUUUCGACUUCUGGCUGUGUGGUUUGAAGGUGCUGACACAGUGACGGCAGUCUUUCGAACAAAUUUUGCUAUGGACUUUCCGUUUGAUCCCCAGGAACUUUUCGUUUUUGCUUUAAUAGGAGUUGUUUCUGGAGUUGGGGGUGCUUUUUACGUGUGGGUCCAUCGACAAUACGUAAUGUUUAUGCGUAAAAACAAGGCGAUUAACACGUUCCUUCAAAAAAAUCGUUUUAUUUAUCCUGGGAUCGUGUCAUUAGUAGUGGCAACGGUUUCUUUCCCACUGGGACUUGGACAAUUUAUGGCUGGUGAUUUGACCACCCAUGAUCAAGUUGCGAGCCUUUUCAGUAACUUUACUUGGACACGGCAGAAUUUAACAGUGGAAGAACAAGCAAUGCUCAAUCAUUGGGAGACGCCGUAUAGCGGCGUCCUCAUUAAUUUGAGUGCAUUCGUCGCAUUCACUUUUAUAUUUUCUAUAAUUAGUUCAACUAUACCUGUACCGAGUGGCAGCUUCAUUCCUGUAUUCAAAAUAGGCGCUGCUCUGGGACGAAUUGUAGGUGAAAGUAUGCAUAUAUGGUUCCCACAAGGAAUGCGCUAUGGCGGUUUGGUGGCGCCCAUUGUUCCAGGAGGUUACGCUGCCGUUGGCUCGGCAGCCUUUAGUGGUGCUGUAACACACACAAUCAGCGUUUCUGUUAUUGUAUUUGAAAUGACAGGUCAGAUUACUCACAUCAUUCCAAUCAUGAUUGCUGUUUUGAUCAGCAAUGCAAUUGCUAGUCUUCUCGCCCCAAGUAUAUACGACAGUAUCAUUCUCAUCAAGAAACUUCCAUAUUUACCUGAUUUACUUCCAAGUAGUAGCGGAAUGUAUAAUAUUUAUGUGGAAGACUUCAUGCUUCGUGAAGUUAAGUACAUCUAUCACACCAUUACAUACGAGCAACUGAAAGCGGUGCUUAAAGAUGCGCGUCAGUUGCAAAGUUUUCCUAUUGUUGACAACCCAGAUAAUAUGGUAUUACUUGGGUCUAUGCAGCGUAUCCAACUGAUACAACUUAUAGAUCAUCAAAUCGGACGCGAGAGGCGGCUACAGGUAGCUGCUGAGCGUGCCGAAGCUGAACGAAGGGCAAAAGAACUGAGACAACGUCGACCAAGCCGAUUUCAAGUUGUUCCAGCUCCUGACGUAUUGGGCGUAAAAAAUCUUUCUGAAAACCAACUAAAUCAACCAUCCACUUUCAAUCCCGUCUUUGGAGGUCAACCAAAAAAAUCCAUCUUAAAGAAAACUAACUCUUUCACACUGAAGGGUUUUAGUCCUUUAAUACAAACAAGUCCAGGAUCUACACCAUACACUACUGUUACGGGGGCCGAGAGUCGAAUGAGACUGGCGUUUGAAGCAAUUUUCAGAAAGUCAACGCAAUUACAAGAUGUUCAAAAUAGUGACAGUACACCUGUGCUUGAUCAUGGUAUUGAUGCACAAAUUAUACCUAUGAAUCCCACAAAUAAAAAAGUGCAAUUGCCUAGAGAAAGAGUUUGCGAUAUGUCACCAGAAGAUCAACGCAUUUGGGAAGAAGAACAAAUGUCACUACCUGUUCACUUUACCGGUUGUCAUGUUGAUCCUGCACCAUUCCAGCUUGUCGGCAGAACAUCUCUGCUUAAAGUUCAUUCGCUUUUCUCCAUGGUAGGCGUAAAUCACGCGUACGUAACAGCUAUUGGUAAGUUGGUUGGUGUUGUGGGGUUGAAAGAACUGCGAAAAGCCAUCGAAGAUGCAAAUAGUGGCAACCUCCCACUUCAUACGGACACCGAGCCAAGCACUUCCGUGAGCACCGUGAAAGAGGCAGAGGAAGGGCAAACCGAUGCAAGUACAGCACUAGUCAAUAAAGUUUAAUAAAAUCUGCGGAUAGAAAUUUCGUUUUCGUACAUAUUGUUUAUUUUGUGACUCUCGUAUGUUUCACAUUGGUUGACCCAAUUUAUUGUGAUAUACGAUACGAUAAAGACAUGCUAUACGUAAUUGUGACUAUAUUUCUAUAAUUUAAGCAAUUUGGAAUGUUGAGGUAUUUAUUCAGUGAUUGUAAGCCAAAUAACAAACGAUGCAUGAUCGCGGCAUACAAAAAAGCGAUAAUUAUAUAUUAAACAUAUAUAAAAAUUGAGAAAGUAAAUUUAAUUUUCUAAAUAUUUAAGUUUAUAAAUAUUCUGUUAUACACAUUUCUGGAAUUAAAGUGAAAAAUAAAUAUUGAGUGAAUUCUUA